AUGAUCUGCACUGAGGCGGCCCUGCUGCUGCUGCUCCCCUGGCCAGGCCCUCGCGCUCAGUCCUCCUGCAUGGUGCGCCCUGAUCCCUUGCCUGCUGAACCGCCGGCGACAUGGCAGCAGCUUAGCAGCGUCGAGGGUCCCUUCCUUCUGGACCCACAGAUCAUGGAGUUGGAAGAGCCCUACUCUCCAGUGGAAAUGCGUCCUUCCCAGGAUACUGAGGUGAUGGGCAUGACGGGGGAGCAGGCCAUGCUCGCGGUCCCGAGCACUCCAGUGUCUAAGUCCGGCUCUCCUGGUCUGCUUCCUCAAGGGCGACAGAGCAGGGUGACCCCUCCGCGAGCGAGGAUAAGCAGCCCGUGGGCCUCUCCCUUCUCGCGUCCCGACGCAUCAUCGGAGGAGAUUCCGGGGCUGCACAACGAUGUCAUCACACGGAUGGCGCUGUCGCUGGGAGCUCCGACCAGACCAGCUCGAGCUUCGCUGCUGGCCGACGCGGCAGGUGGACACGGCAAAGCAUGCACUGAGAUCUCCCUCAACUCGUCUGCUUCGAGGAAGAUGGACGAGUCUGUGCAGAUCUUCGGGGGUGUAUGUGACCUCCUCUUCUACGGGGAAGACCUGCCCAUCAUGUUCUCAAUCCUCCAAGUCGUCGCUGCUUUGCAAGAGCAAGGGAGCGAGGAGCGAUUGACUUCUUCUCUCGUGCAAGUCUUCCAAGCAAACGGGCAGAUGGAGCAUCUGCUGACUAACUGCGCUGAGAAGCUGUGGGGCCGGGGCUCGGUGAAGGCCAAGGAGACGUUGAGAAGUGAGAUUGGAGAAGGGAGGGAGGCAGACGCAUGGCUGACGGGCUGGUUAGAUGAUUCCAUCAUCAAGAGUAUGAUUCUUGCCUACACCAAGUACGCACUGUUCAAACACAGUCAGACCCGUCUGACUUAUCCUCUCAGAGCAUGCAGCGGAGAAUACUUGGAGUCGUUGCUUGCUCCUAUAGCACGUGGAUUGCAAGGGCCCUUCACAGCAACAACGACAGGGCUGAAAGGCUCGUUAGACCGGCUGCUUUCACGGGUCCUCAACUCAGACCCCCCCCGCCCUCUUCGCGCUCUCUUCAAGAACUGGUCCAAGUUCUUCUCCAAGAAAGUCGGAAAGCGGAUGACAGCAGCGAUCUUGAAGAUGCUGCUGGGAGAAAUUCUGUCGAGCAUGAUCGAGGAUGUGAUGAAGAGGCAUGCUGGCUCGCUGCCGAACGAGCAGUUCACCCCGGACUGUGUGAAGUUUCUGCAAGAUCACGAGCAAGUUCUUCGAUGCAUGGCCAGCAACGAGGGGUUUCACGGAAGCUCGCCUCACUACCCCUUGAACUCUUGGCUGGACAGCAAGCAGGCGCUCCUCGAUCAGAUCUUGAAGAGGAUGGUCGAGUGCGAGGACACUCGGUAUCACUCCUGGAACUCUGAGAGUGUAGUGAAGGGAAACGCGGCCUCGUUCGAGUACAUCCUCUCGUUCGUCAAGGCGCACAAGGACAGCAUCAUCCGAACCUACGAGGCCUUCGACUGGAAGUGGCGGGGGCUCCACCAGACUCGCUUGCCCUCCCUGUGGGCUGCCUUUGAGACCGGGAGGAGGCGUCGGAACAUGACCACAGUCUCCUCUCCCCCUCGCUCCAGCACCUUCCUCGAAGUCUCUGCGGUCAAGGACAGCAAGAUGGCCCUCGAGCUCGACCAGGCAAGAGCGGAAGGAAGCGUCUCUGCCAGGGAGCAGGCAUGCCAUGUUACAUGCGCGCUGAAGGAGAGCGAUGAUAGGAUGGAGAGCUUGACGUCAAGGGUGACUGAGAUCGACUUCGAUCAUCGCAACCUUACGAAGAUCCCUGUGCUUGAGCGCUUUCACAACCUGCACACCAUCAACAUAUCUCACAAUCAGAUCUCUUCUCUGAGCCACCUCCCCUCCUCCAUAAGAUACCUCAACUGCUCUCAUAACUGCCUGAGCAGCCUCCAUGGCAUCCAAACUCUUUUGCUCCUAGAGAACUUGAAUGCUUCUAACAACCAGCUAGAAGAUGCCUGUCGCGAUCUCAGAAAGAACACUAAGAUCAUGUCCAUAGCUCGCUUCUUCUGCGUCCAUGUACUCACACCUUGCCGCAGAUUCCUCAACCUGUCCUUCAACAGGCUUGCUGGCCUUCAAGACUUCUCCCACAUACCAUCGCUGAGGUACCUCAACCUCGACAACAACUCCAUCACGAGCGUCAACGACCUUCGCUUACUCUCCCUCAACCUCAAGCUCGUGUCCAUCACUUGCCACAACAACCCGUUGACGGGCGAGCACGCGUACAUGCCCAGCCUCGUCAAGCUUCUCCCGCAGGUUGAGAGCGUCGAUGAGGAGAGCACUAGGUUGUAUCACUCGCCCCUGACCUACAGCCGGGACGAGCCCUCCACGCCUACCAACGGCUGGCGAUGGGAAGCAGAGGCAGAGACCUUGAUGCCGACGAGAGGCCCAGCUCUCAGCCGGCUCAGCAUCAUCGCGAGAGAAGACUACGUGGCUGCCCCCGAGGGCCGGGCUGAGGCCCUGAGCCUCUCCGACCUCCUCGCUGACCAGAUCUCCCCAGCUGACAACAUCCAGAGGUCCCCAAAGGCGCGUCCAGCUCAAACCCCAGCUCGGGAGGGGUCGAAGAAUCAGGCGCGUGUGCCGAGAAGGCAGAGCAAGAGAUCUCCUGUGAGCAAUCAAGCGCCGGCGCAGGGGAGGAGGAAGGAGGUGGGAAGCAGCGAGGCAGACGUUGAGAGGUUGAUAUGGUUCGAGUCAAAGUACUUGAAGGCCAGCAGGGCCGGAGUGAGUCUGAAGCUGUGCUAUGCUGCUGUUCUGCUGUCCAAUGAGAGCUGGGCUGAUGGCGGGAGGAGGAGGAGGAGCCCGACUCUGAGCUACGGGAGGACGCUGAUGCAACGAGGGUUCGAGAGACUGCAGCAACGAGCGAUGGCGACGAGGAUGCAGACGAGAAAGGCCGUGUGGCUGUGGGAGGUUCGCGCUCAGCGCUUGUCUUUCGUGGUCCUGUGGGCAUGGCUGGAGCACAUGGAUGCAACUGACAUUCCUCAGAGUCUCUUCCUGUCUGCGGGGUUGGAGCCUAAGGAGGAACGCGCAAGUCCUGCGAGGCUGCUUCUACCUCCUGCGAGUGAGCAGUCAGAGCAUGGAGAACAUCUUCGAGAAGUUGCCAAGAUGAUUGAGAGAAGGUUGCGGAGUUCGUUGUCAGCUCGAGUCAUGAGAGGAUGGGCCGAGGCUGCUGGGGAAUGUGCGGGUCAAGCUCGGAGGAUUGCUGGUCUGAAGAGGAGGAGAAAUUUGUUGACGAUGCGGCGAGUUGUUGUGAUUCUUUCCGAGUGUUUGCACCUGAGGACACUCGUGACAUCUGCUGCUCGCAAGCACCAGAAGUCCGUGACAAGGAGCAGCCUGCAGGCCUGGGGACGUCGUGCCGAGACAAGACAAGCGUCCCUCACCCGCAUUGGCCAGCGGCAAGUGGCCCGUGCCAAGGAGACGCUGCUGGCAUGGAGGAGCGUCUGGGCAGAUCAGCAACAGAAGAGGAGACUACCUGAGGAGCAGGUGGCACAGCCAGCAGGCUCUCGUCGUCCGUGCGUUGUCGACAUGGCGCUCGAGGACGGCGAUGAAGAAGCAACAAGAGCGAAGGCUGUCAAGGUGAUGAGCGUCCUUGCUUGCUACAAAUGCAACUUCGUCAUAUCCCAGAGAAACUGCAACAAUAGAGUAAGGAGGUUGUUCUCCGAUUGGGUCUCAGUCAUUAGCUUGAAGGAGAAGAACUACAAGUUUCGAGAGAUGUGCCGGAGAAAUCAGAUGGCGCUGGAGACGAUCAUGGUAGUAGCAAUAUGGAAGGGUUGGAAACAAAUGGUCGAGAUGAGCAACUUAUCGAACAGUUUCUGCGAGUACCUAGCAAGGGUCGCAAGGAAACAGCACUUGUCUCAGUGCUUUGCUGUCUUGUUCGGCGAGGUUGCAGACAUGAAGUAUUUUUUGUUCACCUGA